AACUUCGCACAUACUUCUGAUAUGACAAUUGUUUUGCGCCCGGGACUAAAUUUUCGCAUUUUGUUGUUUAUAAAACGACCUGUAUCAACGGACACCAAGUCAAACUCUGACUGACAUACAAACAUAAAACAUUUGUUAUAAUUUUAUUAUAUAAUUAAGCUCACGGAAACUAGCAAAAGAAUUCAAGAUGAAGGCAAAACUGGUUGUCCUAUGUAUGUCACUGUUUGUAGGAGCAACAUAUGCACGAUUAGGUAAAGAUGCUUUACGAAAAGCACUAAAUAGUGAUCCAUUCUUCUCAGCCCCACGCAAUAGCCCUGUUCCAUUCAUGCAAAAUAGGAACAUCCGGUUACCACUGUCUGACGUGCCAAUCCAAGCUACAAACGAUCGCCCCUCAAACGCUCGUCUGCCGACGUUGGAAGCUAAAACCCGUGGUAAUAGUGGCAUCCCAGUCAAACCGGAAACACGAAUUGUACCAGUUCCUGUCGGGAGACCUUCCCGAGCACAAGAAGUGAGGUUAGGGCAGAUUAAACCAGCUAAUGUCGUAAAAAGGCAAGAGGCGGUCUUCGCUUCUGCACCCGUUCAAGACACACAACCGAAAGUUAGUGCAUUGAAAAAUACAGUAAACGACCGUCUGCUAAACAGUAUGAGACCAGCAGCGACUGCCGCCUCUGCCGCCCAACAGAGGGCUGAUAGCAAACAGGAAUGCGCAUUCAUAGUUCCGGACUUCUUCUCGCCAAACCAAAAUGUUAUCAAUUCCGAGCAGACUUGUCCAGCUUUCUUGAUUCCAGGACCAACACUCAGUCCCGGGUUAGUCACUCUUCUGGUUCAACAUUUCGCUAAAGUUGAAAAUGUAAGCAAUUCCCCGUUAGACGCUGUCAGGAGUAAAAUCACGCAGUCCGAUUUCGAACUAAACUGUCUAUAUCCGGCCUUGCGCGCGCAUGUUAUGGGAGGAACCGCGUGCAGAACACGUAAUCUGAGAAUUUAUUUGGAAUGGCUUCUGUUUCUACGCAAAAGGCUCUUCAACAUAUAAAUUACAGACACAGAUUUAAUGGUUUCAUUUCAGACCUAUGGACAAAAGAUUUUAGUUUUACAUAACUGUGAUAUGAAAGAGUUAGACUGCAAAUUGUACAUAGCCUCAGUUUCGAAUUCCCAUAAAAUUGUUAAAUAUAGCCCUAGUUUCGAAUUCCUUUACAAUAGCUACUAAUCUUACAUGGUUAAGUUUGAGUUGCCUUGAAAAUACAGAACAAGACAAAAGUCGUGCCAUUUAUCAAGACAUUAACUGUUAUUUUCAUAAAGAUAAGGUAUCAUUUAUGUUUUCCACCUUGGUAAACACGUGAAAAGGCGUGACACUUUGAUAUGACUUUGACACAAAUGAGAUUUUCCCGCAUUUUUACCAUCACCGUACGACCUACAGUCUGUGCAUAUAUAAAUAUAUUUAAAAUGAAAUAUUUUUUUCCCGACUGUCUCUGUCAAAAAAUGCAAAUCCGAAAGGAGCUAUCUUUUUAAUUUUCGUAAAAUAUCUAGUGAACAAAAUAUCAGACGAAAUCAGAAAUACUCCGUUUUCGUGAGUGUUUAAUAUGCAUACAUUAGAUAAACAUUUAAAUAUAAUUCAUUACAUAAUUAUUAUGUUCAUAAAAUUUAAUGUUAAUGCUAAAAAACAACAUCCUGUCUAGAGAUUAUUGUGACCUAUCUGGAUCAAAAUAUUAAGUACAAACUUGAUCACGUGACACAAACGUAAACAAAAAGUAGUCCAUGCAGCUACAUUGAUUGAUGGCCAGUUGAAUUAAAGCUAAAGAGAUUUUUUUACUUCAUUACCAAUACAUCAUUUUUGAAUUAAGCAAACGUAAUUUUUCACUUUUUGCUCAUUUUAAAGCAGUGUUUAUGAAAGUUUGAAUUUACCACAAACAAAAUAACAUGCGCGAGGUUUUUUGGAAUUACAUCACCGGAUUUUAACGAGACAUCAAAAUCGUGAUUAUUAUUUUAAUUUUUAAAAAUAUUUUGAUAAAUUGUCUAAACGGCUGACAUUUUAAAGUUUAGUUUUAUUCGAAUUAAAGAGGCAUAAUAAUACCAGCGUAAAAGAAAUAUGGAUAUUAUUACCAUAUCUCGUAACUUCUCGUUAUUUCUCCAUUAAUGCGAAAUCUCAUUUAUCAUUUAUAAAAAACGAAAGAAAAAACAAGUUAUAUUGUUUUGUUUUUAUUUUUCUGUAUCGUACAUGCAUUUUAUUUUUGCUAUCAUGCUUUUCGGUUAAUAAAUCAAUUGCACACAAACGUACGCAUUCAUAUUUCAAAACGGAUAUUGUCUCCGUGAAAUAAAUCAAAAAUAAUUUGUAGCAAUGUCUGAGACAAGUGAAAAUAAAACCGCAAAAGUUGUUAAAGGCCCAUUGUGCCCCAGAAAUGCUUUUAUUUUUAUUUCUCAAAUCUUUUUCUUUUUGUUUUUCUUUUUAUAGUUUCCAAAACAUCACUCAUUGGCCAGUUACAUGAACUGUCCUUUUCUUCUGUUGCUUUUUAGCAAUUAGUACAAAUUUGUUGAUUAAGCAUUUUGUAUUAAAGUCAAAAUACUACUUUAUUUACAUUUUGCUACCUUUUAUGACUUUAUUAUUUCAUAUUAAGCUCUACAUUCUUCAGGUUACAGCAUUUAACAUGCUCUGAAAUCACUAUUUAAAUGUUAUAAAAACUCAUGUUUGACCUUUCUUAAGAAGUAAAUAUCCUUUCGUUUCUGAGGCAUAAUUAAUGUGCUUUAAAGAGGAAUUUAAAAAAAAGUGCUAAAUGUAGACUUCUAAAGUCGAUUUAUCAUAAUUUAUUCUUAUUUUUUAAUUUUAAUUGUACCCUCUACUUUAUUUCAAACAUUGUUAAAACGUUCUCAGAAAAUCCGUAUCCAUCUCGAAGAGAAAUAUGUCAAGUUUUCAUGAUAUUUUAUUUGUACAUAGUAAAUAUAUUUAUUUUCAAUGCUGUAUCUU